AUGAGUAAUUUAUUAAGAGUUGCAGUCUCUAAACAAAAGAGAAGAUAUCAAAAAAAUGGUUACGAUUUAGAUUUAGCAUAUAUUACUGAUAAUAUUGUUGCAAUGGGAUUUCCAAGUGAAAAAGUUGAAGGUGUUUUUAGAAAUCCAAUGAAAGAUGUACAAAGAUUUUUAGAUCAAUAUCAUAAAGAUCAUUUCAAAGUAUAUAAUUUAUGUUCAGAACGUGUUUAUGACCAUUCAAAGUUUUAUGGUCGUGUUGGAUAUUACCCAUUCGAUGAUCAUAAUGCACCACAAUUUGAAAUGAUCGAUGCAUUUUGUAGGGAUGUAGAUGCAUGGAUGAAGGAGGAUUCAAAGAACAUUGCAGUAAUUCAUUGUAAAGCAGGUAAAGGUCGUACAGGUCUUAUGAUUUGUUGUUGGUUAAUGUAUUGUGGUAUGUGGAAGAAUACAGAGGAUUCCUUAAGAUUUUAUGCAGCAUUACGUACAUACAAUCAAAAGGGUGUUACAAUUCCAUCUCAAAUUAGAUAUGUAGGUUACUUUGGCAGAUCCAUUAGAGAGUCAAUCAAAUAUGUACCACGUAAUGUCACUCUAAAGAAAAUUGUAUUAAGACCAUUACCAAAAGAAAUUAAUUUAUCAGAAGUUCAAUUCAAUAUAUCCGUUGGUAAGAAUUGUGUAUUCAAUAGUAAAGAACAUAAUAUGAACGUUGUAAUCUCAAAGAAAAAGAAAACAGUUGUAGAUAAAAAUAAAAAGGAUCCAAAGAAAAAAUUAACAAAAGAAAAUAGUGAAAAAAAUAUAGAUAGUCAACAACAACAACAAUCACAAUCAUCACUUUCACAAUCACAACAAGGACAAUCAUCACCAAAUAUGCAAUCAUUAAGUGCUAGUGGUACAAUUAGUAGUGGUAGUAAUGUUGGUACAGUUAAUGGUAAUACACUUCAUCAAUUAGGUGGAAGUCAAUUUAGUUUAAGUGAUUUAGCUGAUGGUAAUACAAUUGGUAAUGAUGAAUAUAUCUCCUUUGAGAUUGGAGCUUUGUCAUUGGCUGGUGAUAUUAGAAUCGAAUUUACAAACAAACAAGAUGAUCGUAUGUUUAUGUUUUGGGUAAACACUUCAUUCGUACAACAACUCGAAAUUAUUCCAAAGAGUGGUCUCGAUAAAGCACACAAAGAUAAGAACCAUAAAGCUUUCCCAGAGGAUUUCCAUGUCGAAUUAACAUUUGAUCAACUUGAUCAACAACAAUCCCAUACAACCGUUGUUGCUUCUGCUGAAGAACAAACAAACAAUCAACAUUAUCCACAAUCCUCAAAUAAUGUAGCAACAUCUUCCUCUCAUCACGAUAAUAUUACAGUUGUAGCAUCAGACGCACCACAAAAUAAUAAUAACAAUAAUAAUUUAAAUAGUAGUAAUAGUAAUAACGCCACAACUACCACCACCAAAAAUAAUAUAUCUUUAGCAUCAUCUCAAUCAAACCCUGUACAACAAGAAUCAAACCCAUCAACAACUACACAAGUAUCAGAAGAAAAUUCAGCUCCAAAGGUUGAAGCAGAAAAAAUUGAAAAUAGUAAUGCAAGCGCAAAUGACAGUGAAACUUCUUCAAAUAGCUCAAGUUAA